AUGGAAGGAGGUAAGAUCUUACCCCUUUCAAUCUAUUAAGUGUCGAGGUUAUAUAUUUCAUGUGUGUGUGUUUUUUUUUUAUUUAUAAUUUAAUUAUAUGGUUCUGCAACAAAAAUUUAUUCAAUUUUUAUGACAUGCAGUUACAUGUUCCUCAUGUGUUAUAUACUAUGGAUUUUCUUAGGGUUUAUCAUAAUUUUACUAGUUAAUCUAUAAUAAUGUAGAGAUUUAAACUGAUUAUGCAAUUGGGUCUUUGUUAUUAAGGGUUUUGGGUUUGAAUUUAAUAAUUGUUUAGCAUUUUGACUCCAAAUUGGGAUUUGCAUGUUCUGUUAUGUGGAAGUUUGAAAAGUGAAAAGAUUGAAACUUUUUCUACAAAAUUGUUGAUUUUGUGGAUUUAUAUCUUCUGGGGUCUUAGAUAAUAUGAUUAAUAUCCUAACUAUGGGAAUAAAUUUUUUUAAAAAAAAAACUUUUUUUUUUGGUUUUUUGAGGGUUGGACUUUGGAGGGACGAACAUAACAUAACAUAACAUAUCUACUGUGUGAGAGUUGUUAUGCAUUUGAUGCAAUUAAGAAUUGGUAGGUUUCUGUUUUCAUUGGCAACAUAAAAUCACAAUCUUUACUGUUUCUGUUUGGUUGGAUUUGGAGUUUUUUUGGAGGAACUUAUUUUUGACACAAGAUAAUUAUUGGAUUUUUAGCUUAAAGUUUAAUUAUUUCCUUAAACCUUGAAAUUAAAAGAUUAAUUUUUUACCAUGGUUGGGUUGGGUGGGUCUAAUGGCAAGGAUUAUACUCCCACAACAUGACGAACCAAUGUUUGAAUCCCGGUUGGGGGAGGGAGGUAUCCACAUUUAGUACCCGACGUGCCUUGAAUGAGAUUACCUCCAAUAAAAAAAGAUAAUUUUUUAAUGCUAAUGUUGUUUAAAUUUUCUACACACUUUGUUGCAUUGAUAAACUAGUGAACUUAACUUAAUGUAGUUACUUACAAAUCAUUUUUAUAUUUGCAGUGUGUUAUUUAUUCAAAAUUUCUAUAAAAAUAAUCAGUUUUUGACUGAAUUAAAUGUUGUGGAUAUAUUCUUUUAAAAAUAAUGAAAAGAUACUGUCUUUUUCUUUUAAAAAUGGUUCCUUAAUUACUAAAGCUUCUUAGUUAUUAAAUGAUUUUUCUCCCAUAUGGGAAUUAAUCAACAAAAUAUUGAGUGAAGGUUUUUGUACAAAAAACAAAUUAAACUAGUGUUGUUAAAUAGCAGCUAUGGCGACAUUGUAUAGCAGAAGUUGACCAAACCGCUAUUGUUUCGCAAUACACUAUUAAAUAUAAAAAUAUUGUGAAAUAGAGGCUAUAGCAGCGCUAUAGCAUUGCUGCAUAGCGAAAUUUGAACAAACUACUAUUUCCUGUUGAUCUGCAAUUAAUAACACUAAAAAACACUAUAUGAAGCUUCAACAAACACUUGAAAUAAUCUAGCAUGAAAUGGAAUCGAAUUAAAUCUUGAAUAAAAUAACAUGUAGUUGUUAAACAAUGUUUUUUGAAGUGGUUCUGUUUCAUAUUUUAACAUAAAUUAGUUUAAACUCAUCUCCAUUUAAUGUGUUAUGCAAUAAUAUGCUUGGUGGAUUAUUGUUUGUCACGGCUUACCGUACAAGCUGCUGCUUUACUCCUGUGUCCGAGAAAAAUUGAGAAUUACAUGAGAUAAAAAAUUAUUUAGUUCGUCUAUUAACUGAUUUGUUUAGGUGGUUAAUUUUCUUGUGGAUGCUUAUUCGGGGACAUGUGGAAAUGCCUCAUUUUAUACUAGAAUUAGAUUGGUGAGAUAGGGAGUCAUCAGUCAUUGCAUGUGUAUCGUAUAGCACUGUAUUUUAGAAUAGUGUCAUGGAAGUACUUCCUUGUUCUGGUGUUCAAUAUGUUGGCGAAUCUGAUUGCCCUCAACGCAGUUCAGGAACAACUUUCGUCUAUCAGGAAGAACUUAACUGCCCUGAAAAUAGUGAACAAGCUAAAUUGGGAAAUAGUCAACUAAUUGAAUCAUUGGAUAAUAUGCAAGGGGCAGAGAUAGAAAGUCGAAGCGAGGGGACACACAAUGUUUGCGAUUUGUUGACGAAUUCAAAUUGUCAAUGCAAUGGAGCUUCAUGUGGUGACUGUCAAGUGGAAGAUCAAAAGGAUUACGGUGGUUUCCAUGAUUUUGGUGAAGACAUGAUAAAUGAACGUUACUUAACCUCUGAAAAUUCUCUUUCUGUUGUUGAUACAAUUGCGAGUGAAUCACCAAACAUCGGUAGGGAAGGAGACUUGUCAUUGUCUGAACCAAAGUGGCUAGAGGGAGAUGAAUCUGUCGCAUUGUGGGUGAAGUGGAGAGGGAAGUGGCUGGCUGGUAUCCGAUGUGCAAGGGCCGACUGGCCAUUAUCAACUUUGAGAGCCAAACCAACUCACGACCGAAAGAAAUAUUUUGUCGUAUUUUUUCCGCACACAAAGAUUUAUUCUUGGGCAGAUACGCUGCUUGUUAGGUCAAUCGAUGAGUAUCCGCAUCCUGUUGCACACAAGACUCAUCAAGUAGGACAGAAAUUGGUAAAGGACUUAACAACUGCUCGGCGGUUUAUAAUGCAAAAGCUAGUUGUUGGCAUGCUGAACAUCGUUGAUCAGUUUCAUUUGAAUGCUUUGACAGAAACUUCCCGUGAUGUGAAGGUCUGGAAGGGAUUCGCCAUGGAGGCUUCUAGUUGUAAUGGUUAUUCCGAUUUUGGAAGAAUGCUUCUAAAGAUAUACAAUAGCAUCCUGGGGCCCUACAUAAGUGUUGACUGGUUACAGCAUUCUUCUCCCUCUUGGGUUGAACGAUGUCAGAGUGCAAAUAGUGCUGAAUCGGUAGAGCUGCUGAAGGAGGAAUUGUUUGAUUCUAUUUUAUGGAAUGAUGUCAACAAUCUCUGGGACUCACCAGUGCAACCGAUAUUAGGUUCUGAAUGGAGAACCUGGAAGCAUGAUGUAGCGAAAUGGUUUGUGCCAUCACCUCCCGUAUCUAGCAGCAAAGACACUCAUCGGCAGAUUUCUGAUGAGUCGUACCUAACAAACCUCCAGGCUUCUAGAAAAAGGCCAAAACUUGAAGUUCGUCGUGCAGAUACACAUGCUUCGAAAGUGGAAUUCAAGGGUUCAGAUCACGCUAUUGCUCUUGUGAAUGACACUGGUUUCUUUAAUAAUCAAGACACAUUGAGCACAUUAACAGCUGAGACUCUUAAAAAUGAAAAUAUUAUGAAGGUAUCUAUCACAAAUGAUUUGUCCAAUAAUUUGACCAAUAAAUGGAAUGAAAUCGUAGUUGAGGGUGCUGAUUCUGAUUUCGUGUAUACCAAAGAAAAUGAAUCAACACCAAUAAAUGAAAUGGCUGCUGUAAAAUCUGUGGACCCUGGUAGUAAGAAUCGACAAUGUAUAGCUUUUAUUGAAAACAAGGGAAGACAGUGCGUGAGAUGGGCAAACGAGGGAGAUGUUUACUGUUGUGUGCAUUUAUCCUCUCGUUUUUUGGCUGGCUCAGCAAAUGCCGAAAGUCCAGGUCAAAGUGAUACUCCUAUGUGUGAUGGUACAACUGUUGUGGGUACUAAAUGCAAGCAUCGGGCCCUAUCUGGAUCGUUAUACUGUAAGAAACACCGGCCUUAUGCUGAAACAGAACAGAACUCAAGUUUAGCCCAAAAUACCAUGAAGAGGAAGCAUGAAGAAAAUUAUACUGGUUCAGAGAACAUGAUCUGCAAAGACAUGGUAUUGGUAAAUACUGAAGCUGCACUGCAAAUGGUUCCAGUGUCAUCCAUUGCUGGUGAUUCAUUACAUGGAGAAAACAACUUGUCUGCGAAGCCAAUGCAUUCCGAAAAGGGUCUUGUUGUAAUGGAGGCACCGAUCUGUAUAGGUUCUCCUCCAUUUGAUAUUACGAAUCCUUGUAGGGAAGUUCCUAAGCGCUAUUCUUUGUACUGCGAAAUCCACCUUCCAAGUUGGCUUAAACGAGCAAGAAAUGGGAAGAGUAGAAUAGUAUCGAAAGAAGUGUUUUCAGAACUUUUGAGGGGCUGUAGCUCGCGGGAGCAAAAGGUACAUCUGCAUGAAGCGUGCGAGCUUUUUUACAGGCUAUUCAAAAGCAUUUUAUCACUAAGAAACCAAGUUCCCAAGGAUGUCCAAUUCCAAUGGGCUUUGACUGAAGCCUCUAAAGAAAUUGGUGUUGGAGAAUUUUUUACGAAGUUGGUUCAAAGUGAAAAAGAGAGAAUCAAAUCAAUGUGGGGAUUCAAUGAUGACAUGGAUGUACCCUCUGUAAUAGAAGAACAACAACCUCUCUUGCUCAUGCCACCCCCAGUUAAUCAUAGCUUUGAUAAUGAGAAUACCAUUAAGUGUAAGAUAUGCUCCACACAAUUUCCUGAUGACCAAGCACUCGGUAACCAUUGGAUGGACAGUCAUAAAAAGGAAGCACAAUGGCUGUUUAGAGGCUAUGCAUGCGCCAUUUGUCUAGAUUCUUUUACUAACAAGAAACUCCUGGAAACUCAUGUUCAGGAGAGACAUCAUGUGCAGUUUGUCGAACAGUGCAUGCUUCUCCAAUGCAUUCCUUGUGGGAGUCAUUUUGGACACAGUGAACAAUUAUGGCAGCAUGUUUUAUCAGCUCAUCAUGUUGAUUUUAAGCCAUCAAAAUCUCCUGAGCAGAAAACUUUCUCUACUGGCGAAGGUUCGGCAGUAAAACAUGACCAGGGAAAUUCUACCUCUUCAAAAAAUAAUUCUGAGAAUCAAGGUGGGUCACGGAGGUUAGCUUGCAGGUUUUGUGGGUUGAAAUUUGAUUUACUACCUGACCUAGGCAGACAUCACCAAGCUGCUCAUAUGGGGCCCAAUCUACUUAGUAACCGUCCGGCUAAGAGGGGAGUUCGCUAUUACGCAUAUAAAUUAAAAUCUGGCAGACUAAGCCGUCCUAGAUUUAAAAAGGGUUUGGCAGCAGCAGCAUCAUUGAGGAUGAGAAAUAAAGCUAACGCCAAUAUAAAGCGAAUCAUUCAGGCAACAAAGUCAAUUGGCGUGGAAGGAACAGCCGUACAACCUCAUGUAACAGAAACAACCGAUAUGAGUGGAUUGACAAAAAAUGAAUGCUCAGCUGUUGCCAAAAUUUUGUUUUCAGAAAUGCAGAAAACAAAACCUCGGCCUAACAAUCUUGAUAUUUUAUCAGUCGCUCGCUUUGCUUGCUGCAAAGUUAAUCUUGUAGCCUCUCUGGAAGAGAAAUUUGGAGUUCUGCCUGAAAAACUAUAUUUAAAGGCUGCAAAACUUUGCAGCGAUAAUAAUGUUGUUGCAAAAUGGCACUAUGAGGGGUUUGUUUGUCCCAGAGGUUGUAACUCGUUGAAGGAUCAAGUGUUGCACUCUCCUUUAGCAUCUCUUCCUAAUGGUUUUGGAAUGCCAAAAUCUGUAAAUUUGUCUGAUCUUGCAAGUGAUGAGUGGGAGUUUGAUGAGUUUCACUGCAUAAUCGAUUCACAAAGUUUACAAUUAGGUUCACGGCAAAGGGCUAUAGUAUUGUGCGAUGACAUUAGCUUUGGGAAGGAGUCAGUUCCUGUUAUUUGUGUAGUAGACCAGGAACUUCUACAGUCUCUAAAUGUGGAUGGGUCUAAUGAACAAGAUAUAAUCACUUCUAAACCUUGGGAGAGCUUCUCCUACGUUACAAAGCCAAUAAUUGAUCAAUCCCUCGGUCUUGAUUCAGAGAGUCCGCAAUUGGGAUGCGCCUGCUCAUAUUCUACAUGCUGUCCUGAAACAUGUGAUCAUGUAUACCUUUUUGGUGAUGACUAUGUUGAUGCAAAAGACAUAUUUGGGAAACCAAUGCGUGGCAGAUCCCCAUAUGAUCAGAACGGUCGAUUAAUAUUGGAGGAAGGUUACCUUGUCUAUGAAUGUAACCGUAUGUGCAGAUGCAAUAAAUCCUGUCCAAACCGAGUAUUGCAGAAUGGAGUACGAGUCAAAUUGGAAGUCUUUAAAACCGAGAAAAAGGGAUGGGCAGUAAGGGCUGGAGAAACUAUUCUACGAGGAACAUUUGUGUGCGAGUACAUAGGAGAGGUUUUAGAUGUGCAGGAGGCACACAACAGACGCGAAAGAUAUGACACAAAAAAUAGCAGUUAUUUCUAUGACAUCAAUGCUCGUGUUAAUGAUAUGAGUAGAUUGAUUGAGGAACAAGUCCAGUAUGUGAUUGAUGCUACUAAAAAUGCAAAUGUGUCGAGGUUCAUCAAUCAUAGUUGCUCGCCCAAUCUUGCGAGUUACCAAGUUCUCGUAGAGAGCAUGGAUUGUGAGCGUUCACACAUUGGUUUUUAUGCAAGUCGGGACAUCGCUUUGGGUGAAGAACUGACAUAUGGCUUUCAGUAUGAGCUUGUGCCUGGCGAAGGAUCUCCUUGUUUGUGUGAAUCAUCAAAAUGUAGGGGACGCCUUCACUAGAACCUCAACACAUGCCUGUUCUGUUGCAUUAAUAUAUUCAGAUUUGCUAAUUUAACGCUUAAUUUAUCAAGUUGAGAUGAAAUCAAUCAAUCUCCUGAGGUAGGCAGCUUGUAAAGUAGUCGGAUUAAUUUAUCGGCUGGCUGUCUAUAGAAAACUUAGGAUUCAAGUGAUUUGGAUUUUCGCCGGCCAUGUACUGUCUGACUCCAUCUCUAGUAGAGUAUGUUUUAGCAGCUUAGUGCACAAUCUUUCUCCUUUCUACUAUUGCUUUAUUCUAUAACUUUUCUCCGAUGAAGUGCAUUUCUUCAUGGAAAACUUGGUAGUAUUUUUUCUUUGUUUCCUCCUUCUCACUCCUAUCAAUGACCAUGGAAAGAAACUCCAAUUUCAUUAGUGUUGUGGGAUUGUACAUAUUCUUACUGUUUUAGUACAUUUGAUUUUCAUUUUCUUUGCUGA